UGUGUUUGAUAGUAGCAUGUAGAUGAGAGCCGAAGACUCAAAGCAGGCUGCUGGAGGUGACUUUCCUGAGUAGCAGACACAAAAAGAGGACUUCGGGUGAGAGUUUGCCUCGACAACAUGGAUUACUGGAGUGCCUUGGAGGUGUAUAAGGAGAUGGUCCUGCUGUACCUGGAGCAGGGCCGGCAGCAGGUCAACUUGCGCUGUGCGGACCUGGAGCCGUGGCAGAUCAUCGGAGCGACAGUCAUCACCACACUGGGAGCGGUCUGGAUCAAAGGCUUCCUCUUCCAGCAAGAAAGUCUCCGGUCCCGAAUCAAGAAGCAGUGCUUUCGACUCAUCAGGAAAAUACCCUUUGUUGGCGCAACAAUUCAGAGCCAGCUCAACAAGGCUCUGGACGACAUGUCUGCCAGUCUGUUUACUCUGAAGGAGGGGAUGAGCUACACCAAACAGCUGCCCUCCAAAGGCCUCUCCCAGAGCCAGGUGCUGGAAAAAAUCAGAGAGUACGAGACUCUGAAUGAGGUGCCGUGGGAGAAAGGAUGUGUUUCAGGGGCCGUGUACUGGGGAGACGAAUCGCUCACCAAUCUCCUGGUGAAGGUAUAUGGAGAUUUUGCUUGGAGUAACCCACUUCACCCAGACAUCUUUCCUGGCGUAAGAAAGAUGGAGGCAGAGGUUGUCAGAAUGUCUUGCACACUUUUCCACGGUGGGCCGAAUGCCUGCGGCACAGUUACUUCAGGAGGAACUGAGAGCAUACUGAUGGCCUGUAAGGCGUACCGAGACAUGGCGCAUGAACGUGGUGUCAAACACCCGGAAAUUCUUGCACCUGUGAGCGUCCAUGCAGCCUUUGACAAAGCAGCACAUUACUUUGGGAUGAAGCUUGUUCACAUUCCUCUCGACAAGAAAACCAUGAAAGUAGACGUGAAGGCUAUGAAGAGAGCCAUCAACAAGAACACCGCCAUGCUUGUGUGCUCGGCGCCUCAGUUUCCUCAUGGAGUCAUGGAUCCCAUUGAGGAAGUAGCCAAGCUGGCUGUGCGCUACAACCUCCCACUGCAUGUGGAUGCCUGUCUGGGAGGUUUUCUCAUUGUCUUCAUGGCCAAGGCUGGUUACCCACUCGCCCCAUUCGACUUCAGGGUAAAGGGUGUUACCAGCAUCUCUGCAGACACCCACAAGUACGGUUACGCCCCCAAAGGUUCCUCAGUGAUCCUCUACAGUGAUAAAAUGUACCGUCACUACCAGUACUUUGUGGCUCCAGACUGGCAGGGGGGAAUCUACGCCUCGCCCUCUAUAGCAGGCUCCAGGCCCGGAGGAAUCAUCGCCGCCUGCUGGGCGACCAUGAUGCACAUGGGAGAGAACGGAUACAUAGACGCCACCAAGAAAAUCAUCAGCACAGCACGCAAAAUCAAAAAAGAAAUCAGCAAGAUAAAAGGUGUGUUUGUGUUUGGGGACCCGGAGGUGUCAGUGGUGGCAAUGGGCUCAGAUGUUUUUGAUAUUUUCCGUCUGUCUAACGCGCUGACGUCAAAGGGCUGGAAUCUGAACACACUGCAGUUCCCAUCCAGCAUUCACAUUUGUUGCACAGUUCUGCACACACAGCCAGGCGUCGCCGAUCGGUUUGUCCGUGAUGUCAAAGAGCAGGUCACCAUCAUCCUCGAGAACCCCAAAGAGAAAACCACAGGGAUGGGAGCGAUCUACGGCAUGGCCCAGUCUAUCCCAGACAGAUCCAUGGUCACAGAGAUCUCCCGAGGUUUCCUGGACUGUCUCUACAACACUGAGGUGUCAAACACGAGCCACAUGAACGGCAACGGCAAAGCCCACUGAGGCAGGACCGGGCCCUCCUGGCCCGACCCCACUGCACGCAGGGAAACACGCUCGCCUCCUCCCAGAGCUCAACGGUUGCCUUAUCUUGCAUCCCUACACCAUACGGAAAACAUCUGCAAAGUUCUUUGAAGCACAAGCCAUCGUCAUUUUAAUCAGCCCAGAGGGGAAUCACUUUGCCUAAGUGGCUCAGAGAAGAAAAAAAAAGACGGUUUCCAAACGAGUUUUAGUCUUUUCAUUUGAUUUUAUUAAUGUAGUGAAAGUGUGUAUAUGUGUUAUUUUAUUUGUUUUCAAAGUUCAUUUCAAUUUUAGCUUUUGUCAAAUGCAUACGUCUGUCAUAAUCUCUACUGAUCACAAAGCAAAAACCAUUCCGUUUUUUUUUUUUUUUACUGCCAGAACAUUUCAGCCUCUCGCCAUCACUGCUUCACUAUCUGUGAUGACUUGGCAAAAACACAGACCACUGAAAGCUUGUUAGAAACGCUGUGCUGCCCUCUAGCAUGAAACCUGAUGUACUGCUUUAGACUGGCUCCUCAUGUGGAGACCGGUCGAAGGUGAAAGUUAUCAUGAUCAUGUAGCAGUUCUCUGGUAGACAGCAUUUUUAACUUAAAAGCACUGCAAUGCCCUGACGAGAACAAAUCAGGUUAAUCUGUGAAUCACUUGAAACAACAGUUCUGAUGUUAUAGUUGAAGUUUGUCUGUAAGCAUGAACAUGCAUGUCUUUGUUAGCACUUAGUAUGAUGACACUCAGUUUGUGUUAGGUCUGCAUUCGUGGUCCAUCUACAGUGGUUGGAUUUGGAUAGUGGGAGCUUUUAAUGUCAUUAAUAAUAAAUAAAAUUGUCUUUUAAAUUAAAAUAAGGGAGAAAUUUUAACCAGGCCAUUAUAGCAGCUAGUGGAAUCCAAAUCUUAAUUGCCACUUUGGUUACUUUUGGGAUUGCUUUUCAAAUUUGGAAAAUCUACACAGAAGCUGGCUUGUAAAGUAAAGCAAUGAAAUGUAUCAUCUUUUAACAGACGAGACUGAAGGCUGAUUCCAUUUCUUGUCUACUGUAUGUUAUCAAGAAGCAAAAAAAUCCCGUAAUAUUUCCUCUGUAGACUCACCUGUGUACCACCUUGUUUUAAUCAUUUGUCUCCUAAUUCAAUCUACCUCAGUUUCUACUUGAUGCAAAUGUCAUUUUUCAUCCUCAGAAACCCAAUCUAACAGGGCCACUGUUUUUUCUAUUAAUUGCUAACAUUAUAAACGUGUUAGGGCAAACUGUAAUAAAGUGUUCUUAGACAUACUGAAAGAAAACAGAUCCACUGUGAUGGUGGUUUUUGAUCCACAGACUGAUACAUUUGAGAGUUUCAUGUUGGGAGAAACCCACUCUGCCCUGUCUGGAUGUGGAUAUUUUUCGGUAAAUAUCCUCUCAGCAGGAUGAACAUCUACUAACAGGUUGACAACUUAACGAUGCAUUCUGUAACACCAAAACAACCUUGUCUUGUUCUCUUUGCUUCCCUAAUAUUGCUUGUUGACAUUGUGUAUUUCCAUGAAAUUAUUUCCAUGUUUGUGCAAUAUCUAACUUUUUCCUUUUAUGAAGUGAAACGAAGGGGAAUGCUCUGCUAUAAAUGUUUUAGAAGCAUAGUGUUGAAUGACAGCACAUCGGCAUUGUUAGUGUAAUUUAAGCAUUUGUGUGACCACUGGGUGUUUAUUAAUCACUUAAUUUGUAAGUCUUCUUUGUGAGCGUUUGUAUUUUUACAUACUGAGCAGUUUUCAAGAGAUUACACAUGAAUGUAUUUAGGUUCUUCUCUGUCUUUUAGUCAGUAUGUAGUUAAAAGACUGAUGACAGACAGGACACAAUGUCCCCACUAACAGUCGAAGCUCAUACUAUAAUCAUAUGUCCAUCCAUCCAUCCUUAAACAGUGUGCCCAGUGACAGGGUGUGGUAACCCAUGCCCAUGCAAAAACAAAAAAGACUUUCCAACAAUGAAUCAUCCUGUUUGCUUUGGAGAAAUAUCCUCAAAAAUUCUGACGAUUGAACAGCCAAGAAAUCUCUUUUGAAUAAAAACUGUUCAUGCAAAUGCCUCUUUAAGCAUUUAAGUGACUACAAACUGUAACAGAUUAAUUAGAGGUCUGCGAAGAAAAUCUAAUUUGUGUUGUUGCAUUUGGCAACGUAGCAAUAAUGAGUGUUCACCUCUGUGCCUUCAGAGGUUUGAACUCAUGACGUCAUAGCAGAUCUUCUCUCUAACGUCCUCAGGGAUUUGGCUUCAUAAUGGCAACAUCAUUAAGGUCUACUGGUCUUUGAAACAUGCACAGGGUGGACGAAUAACAGGGGACCGAGGUGAUUUGACUUGUUCAAAGUUGUAUGCUAUGUCAUCAUGAGGUUCUGAAUGUACAAGGUCUAAAGAUUUGCAUCCUUGUUUUAGCAGAUGUAUUUUGAGUUCAGAAGCACCUGCUUGUCUCCCCGAGCAAACACUGCUAACCCAGUCAGAGCUGCCAACACAGUCACACUCUGAUUGACCACAGCAGAUGGUCUACAGCAUUGUGUUUUCAAUAAAAAUGCAUUCAGUCUGAUGAGAAAA